GCGGACGGCGCGCAUGCGCGGAGGUUGGGGUCACGUGGGCCGCACUGUUAUUUUGAAUGAGUGGCGCCGGGAGCGCGCUAAUGGCUGUCGGCGGUGAGGCGAGCGCGAUGGAUAAAGAGAUGGGAUUCCUGAAGGUGAAAGACUGUGUGAUAUUCCAAUGCAAGAAGUGCCACACUGUGUUAGGAGAUUCUUUGCAGUGCUGUGGUUCGAACGCAACACUCAACAUGCUGAUGUGUUUAAGGGUGACAGAGAAUGUGCACCUGGAUCCUACUAUAUUAGUAGGGUAUGAAGGGCCUCUGGCAGAAUGUCUUUACAAGUCCCUGUACUGCAGUUUCUGUAGCGUCAACGUGGGUGUUGUACCUAUCUCUACAACAGAUCUGUACUCUCACCUGCGUGGACUGUACUGUUUGGACAAGGAAAUGUUGCACUGCUACAUGUUGCAGAGCGAUUCUUUCAUGGAAGCCUCAGCCCUGAAACUUGGACCACAGAGCUUAACCCCAUACAUAGGAGAGCUGAAAAGGCAGAUUGUCGAGACACACUAUCGUCUGAUGGCUGCAAUGAAGAUGCUGGAUGAGUUGGUUGGGGAGGAGGGUGGGCUCGGGUCUAGCACCUUUGUCUUGAAACACGAGGAUAAACCAGAGAUGAACUGUUGGGUUUAGGGUUCUGUUCCAGUUUGGACUGUGGGAGGUAGUGGCACUGUUAAUUAAGUCACUCUUGACUGGAGCUCUCGAUGGUAUUGGAAAGGAAAUUUCACCUUCUCGAAGGAAUUCUGGCCUUGUGAAUCAAAACCCAACCAGUGAAGAAAGCAGUACUACCUUUUAAUUGCAUGUGAGCACCUCCCCCCACCCUCCAUGAUGCCACCCACAUUUGUUGCAUUUGGAUUAGACUGUGCCCGAAAUGUUGCCCAAACAGAAUUCUAAUAACUCAGAUUAUGUUCUGAUUGCAAAGGUUUUUGCUUUGUUUAACACUGUUCAAAUUAGCGAGCAAACUGCUUAAAAAAUUGGUCUAGUUUAAAUUACAAUAUAUGACAGUAAACAAGCUGUGCAAUAAAUGAUUUGAACAAUUCUA